CAGGUUGGGAGGAGGAUUUGGGCAAGGGAAGGCUACCCCUUUUUGCAGCAAUUGUACCCCAAAGAAAAAAACAGAAAAAAUAGAAGGAGCAGGUAUUAUAUUUCUGUAGUUGGUAUUGUUGCCCACAAUGAGUCCUAAAUUAUUAUGGUCUGUUGGUGUUUUGACAGGGUGAUGGUAAUUGAUGUUGUUAAAGUCAGGUGUUUUAAAGGAUCCAGUAGUCUGUCUAUCUGCUAUUGUUUGUUAUCCAAGGAUUUUUACUACUAUGAAUGAAGUAAAAGCAGAUAAUGCUUGUAAUUUGUGUGCUCCAGUAUCUGGUGGAGAAUCUUUUGUUCAGCAAUCUGUUCCAGUGAGUCUGAACAAGAGAUGUUCAUCUUCAAUUCUUCAGUCAACACCUGAAAUUGAAAAGAAGUAUGUUCACCGUGUUUAUGAUGCAAUUGCUCCCCAUUUCAGUUCCACCCGGUUUGCUAAGUGGCCAAAAGUUGCCACUUUCUUGAAUUCUUUGCCACCUGGUUCUCUUGUCUUGGAUGCAGGUUGUGGAAAUGGGAAGUACUUGGGCUUGAAUCCCAAUUGUUACUUUAUAGGAUGUGAUAUUAGUGCUCCUCUUAUCAAUAUUUGUGCAGACAGAGGGCAUGAAGUUGUUGUUGCAGAUGCUGUAAAUCUACCUUACCGAACUGGUUACGGUGAUGCUGCAAUAUCUAUUGCUGUGUUACACCACCUUAGUACCGAGUGUAGGAGGAAGAAAGCAAUAGAUGAAUUAGUCCGAGUUGUUAAAAAGGGUGGCCUUGUGCUAAUUACUGUUUGGGCAAGGGAACAAGAAGAUAGUUCAUUGAUUAACAAAUGGACGCCACUUACCGAGAAUUAUUUGGAGGAAUGGAUAGGACCAAGUAGCCAUCAAAUUCGUAGCCCCCCUUCAUCCUUCACCCUAGAGAGCAUACCAGAAGUUGAGGAGAAUGGUUCGGGAGAGCACCUAAGAGAUUUCAAAGAACUAUCUUGCAGUAUGAAGUCUCCAGGGACUAUACACUUAGCCUCUCAAAGCCAGGAUCCUUCUGAGAAAGGGAAAAAUGGUGAAAACCAGCAAGAAUAUUUUAUCCUUGGCACUUACCUUAUCAUCGUGCUGAAGUCAGUGGAGCUUCUGCUUGUGCCCUUGCAAAUGGUUUGGCAACAAAAGAUGAUAAAAAGGGUGCAGUAGUGUACAAUAGAUAUUACCAUAUAUUCAGUGAAGGCGAGCUUGAAAGGUUAGUGUCUGGUAUGGACAAUGCGGUCGUUGUUGACCAAUUUUAUGACAAAUCAAAUUGGUGUGUUAUUCUUGAGAAAAGAUGACAACAGUCAGACACACAUGAACAUGGGCAACCAGAGUGGAAUUUCGUACAAUAUCGUUUCAUUUUGGCAACUAGGGAUUCAAUUUUCAUGGGUAGAGACCCUGGUAUAGCAACCUUUUCAAGAUGAUAAGAGUUGUUGGCAGACUACUUACCAUGGCAGGGCCCAACCAUUUGGGAAGAGCAUCCUUGUAUCAGAUUUUCCAGAUGUCAUUUACUUACACCAUUGGGCUAUUACCUUUCUCGGUCUUCCCUGUUCUUUUUUUUUUUUUGGACCCCUGUGCUUUGGACCUGUUGUCACUGUACAUUUUAUUUCCUUUUGAUGGGAAUUUAUACUGCUGAGUGCUGUCACAUUGAUUUUUUGUAGAACUUUUGGGAAUUAUGUAAAUGGACCUCUUCAGAGAGGCACUUCAAUCCAAUUGUAUCUUCCACUGCUGUGUGAAACCUAUCAUUUGCUAUUGUUGUGCAUCUACUUUUGUUGGUUUUCUCCGUUUGACGAGGAGCAGAGUUGUUAGAAGACUACUUAGCACAGCGAG